UUAGCUUCUCGGUCCUGAAACCGAGAGUUGAGAUUUGAGACUUGCGAACGGAACAGAGCCGAGCCUGUUGUGAUUAGCUCUAUUUUCCUUCCCUUCCAGAGAAAGCUCUCUUCAAGCUUGAACGAUGCAACGAAACGGAAGCCCUGUAUCAUAAGCCGGUAAGUUGAAGACAGGAAUCCUCAAAUGGGCUAUUUGAGUCGAGCUUCGAAGACGCUUAAACCAUCCAGGUACUUGUAUCUGUUAUCUGGGGUUUCCACGUAUAGUCCAUUUUCUGCUGUAUCCGGAAGGAUUCCAGUCGCUGGUGAAUUCGGUUGGCGCUCUAUUGGUGGGCAGCGUGUUUUCUGUUCUCAGUCCCGCCAAGGUAGCAGAGAAAAUAACAUAGAUUUGAGCCAGUAUCCUCCUGAAAGAAUUCGAAACUUUUCUAUCAUUGCUCACGUUGAUCAUGGAAAGUCUACCCUCGCUGAUCGGCUUCUAGAGCUCACGGGGACAAUCAAGAAGGGCCAUGGUCAGCCGCAGUACCUCGAUAAGUUGCAGGUAGAAAGAGAAAGGGGAAUCACAGUUAAAGCUCAGACUGCAACUAUGUUUCACAGGCACAACUACGGUUGUCUUAAUAUUAAAAAUCCUGAAGAUUCACCGAGUUUUUUACUAAAUCUAAUUGAUACACCUGGUCAUGUGGAUUUCAGUUAUGAAGUAUCAAGAUCUCUUGCAGCUUGCCAGGGUGCCCUUUUGGUUGUUGAUGCUGCCCAAGGUGUUCAAGCACAGACAGUUGCUAACUUCUACCUUGCUUUUGAAUCUAAUCUGACCAUAAUACCCAUCAUAAAUAAGAUUGAUCAACCAACUGCUGACCCAGACCACAUCAAGGCUCAGCUCAAGUCCAUGUUUGAUCUUGACCCAAAUGAUGCCCUUCUAACUUCUGCUAAAACUGGUCAGGGACUUGAACAUGUCCUUCCUGCUGUUAUAGAACGAAUACCUCCUCCUCCAGGGAAAAGCAGUCUACCUUUACGGAUGCUUUUGCUGGAUUCUUAUUAUGAUGAGUACAAAGGAGUAAUCUGCCAUGUUGCAGUUGUUGAUGGUGCUCUGCACAAAGGGGAUAAGAUUUCAUCAGCCGCAACUGGCCAAACAUAUGAAGUUUUGGAUAUUGGAAUCAUGCAUCCUGAACUCAGACCUACUGGAGUUCUUUUGACUGGACAAGUGGGCUAUAUGGUUAGUGGCAUGCGUUCAACCAAGGAGGCACGUAUUGGAGAUACACUUUAUCAUACUCGAAGCAUUGUAGAACCUCUUCCAGGCUUCAAGCCUGCAAAGCAUAUGGUUUUUUCUGGUCUUUAUCCGGCUGAUGGAUCCGAUUUUGAUGCUCUUAACCACGCGAUAGAGAGACUUACCUGUAAUGAUGCCAGUGUUUCUGUUACUAAAGAGAGUAGCACAGCACUUGGACUGGGUUUUAGAUGUGGAUUCUUAGGUUUACUUCACAUGGAUGUUUUUCAUCAGCGGCUUGAACAGGAAUAUGGAGCUCGUGUCAUUUCUACUACUCCAACUGUACCAUAUAUAUUUGAGUACUCCGACGGAAGCAAAGUUCAAGUUCAGAAUCCAGCUGCACUGGCCUCAAAUCCAGGAAAACGUGUAACAGCUUGUUGGGAGCCUACUGUAAUUGCUACUAUUAUUAUUCCUAGUGAAUAUGUUGGACCUGUUAUCACCCUUUGUUCUGAACGGAGAGGGGAGCAACUGGAGUACUCAUUUAUUGAUAGUCAACGGGCCUUUAUGAAAUAUCGACUACCAUUGAGGGAAAUUGUUGUGGAUUUUUACAAUGAACUGAAGAGUAUAACCUCUGGGUAUGCAACAUUUGAUUAUGAGGAUGCAGAUUACCAAGCCUCUGAUUUGGUGAAACUUGAUAUCCUUUUGAACGGACAACCUGUUGAUGCUAUGGCAACCAUUGUUCACAAUUUAAAGGCACAGCGUGUUGGUCGUGAGCUUGUGGAGAAGCUGAAGAAAUUUAUAGACAGGCAAAUGUUUGAGAUUACAAUACAGGCUGCCAUUGGAUCAAAGGUUAUUGCAAGGGAAACGAUAUCAGCAAUGAGGAAAAAUGUUCUUGCCAAAUGUUAUGGUGGGGAUGUUACACGUAAAAGGAAGCUUCUCGAGAAACAAAAGGAAGGAAAGAAGCGGAUGAAACGUGUGGGCUCUGUUGAUAUACCUCAAGAGGCUUUUCAUGAACUUCUAAAGGUCUCUUGAAAAGAGAUAAAGAAUCAACCUUUAUGUAACUGAUAGAAUUGUUCUCCUUUCAUUCCUUCUUUGUUCAAUUGUUGUAUUUAGUGGAUAUUACAGAUCAACUAUGUUUGUCAUUCUUUUUUAUUUUUGAAGGUGCCAGCUGGCUCAGCUAGUAAAGUCAGUGGAUGUAGAUCCCACUGACCUGGGAUCAAAUCCCGCCUUCACCCUUACCCUCAAGGUUGUCUGUCCAAGAAAAUGAAAAAUGUUGGUUUUCUUUUGUCUCCUUCCUACAGAAACUUGUCAGUGGAAACCAUUCUAUAUUAUAUUUCC